AUGUUUUUAAUCUACUUCCGGGAUAAGCAACCUCAACGUGUAAUGGAUGAACUAGAAGUAUGGGAAGAUUUAUCCAAUAUACCAGCGGAUCCACCUGACAUGCGAGAAAAAUGUGCUGGCUGCAAGAGACCUGCUAUGGUUUGUUGGUGUAUAGCAUUGCCUCCUAAGAGAUUAACACCCCGUAGCAGAGUGAUUUUACUUCAACAUCCAGCAGAAGAAAAAAGAUGUUUACGCACUGCACCAAUGCUCCAGUUAGGAUUAGCACCAGACAAGUGCCUUAUAUAUAAAGGGAAAAAGUUUCCACAGCCUAGACAUGAGGACUUAGAAAAUAUACUCAAUCAACCAAACACAAUAUUAUUGUACCCAAGCAAAACAGCACUUGAUAUAAGACAUAUGGAAAAUGAUACAGAUAACUAUAAUCUAGUUUUAAUAGAUGGCACAUGGCCACAGGCUAAAGCAAUAUAUACUUCAAGUCCUAUAUUACAUAGAAUUAAACAAGUGAAACUGUUAACACGUACAACAAGCAGCUAUGUAAUAAGAACACAGCCAACCGAAGGAUGUUUAAGUACACUUGAAACAGCUGCAGUAGCAUUAUCGCAAUUAGAAAAAGACCCAAUAUACACAGAACAGUUAAUCCAACCACUGCAUACAUUAUGUAAAUAUCAAUUAGAAAAUGGAGCAGUCACUCAUCAGUCUAAAGAGUUUUUGCUUAAAACUAAAAUGUAUCCCAAAUUAAUUGGAAAAAGGUUAUCAAGACUGCUCAAAUCUACAAAUGAUGACAAUCCAACCAAUGUUUAG